AUGAGAUAUUUGUGCAAAGAAACAACACACUCUCUCUCUCUCUUUACUUCUUCAUUCUCUGUUUCCUUUUUCUUCUCUCUCUCUUUUUUCUUCUUCUUGUUCUCCUCCUCUCUCUUUCUUUCUUUUUGUUCACCUCCUCCUCUCUCUUUCCUUCUUCUUUUUGUUCACCUCCUCCUCUCUCUUUCCUUCUUCUUUUUGUUCACCUCCUCCUCUCUCUUUCCUUCUUCUUGUUCUCCUCCUCCUCUCUCUUUCCUUCUUCUUCUUGUUCUCCUCCUCCUCUCUCUUUCCUUCUUCUUCUUGUUCUCCUCCUCCUCUCUCUUUUCUUUUCCCUCUCUCUGUUUCCUUCUUUUCAUGAUUUUCCUCCUUAAUCUUCUCUCUGUUUCCUUACCUUUUUGUUUCCUUCUUCUUUCUCUCUCUUUCUCCCCCCUCUCUCUGUUUCCUUCUUCCCUCCUCUCUCUCUGUGUUUCCUUCUCCCCCCUCUCUCUGUGUUUUCCUUCUCCCCUCUCUCUCUGUGUUUCCUUCUCCCCCCUCUCUCUCUGUGUUUCCUUCUCCCCUCUCUCUCUGUGUUUCCUUCCCCCCUCUCUCUGUGUUUCCUUCUCCCCUCUCUCUCUGUUUUCUUCUCAUCUCUAUUUCUUUCCUUCCUCUCUCUGUUUCUUUCUCCUCUUUCUUCUCCUUCUCUGUUCUGUCUGUUUCCUUCUGCUCCUCUCUCACUCUGUUCCCCCCUCUCUCAUUCCUCUCUGUUUUCUUCUUUUCUUUUUCUGUUUUCUUUCUCUGUUUUCCUCUCCUCUCUCUCUUCCUUCUCACUCUCUCUCUCUCUGUUUCUUUCUUCUCUCUUGCCUAUCCUCUGCCCACAAAUUUACCUUGCCUUUCCUCUGCCCACAAAUUCUUGCUAUUGCAGCAGCUCAUAGAUUCAUAAAUCAUUGGCUGAAAAGUUAUUCUGUCCCGGUGGAAUUGGUCAGCAGUAUUAUUGAUCGAAUCACAGUAACCAUCCCAUGGUCAACACUACUUGGGAGUAGCACUCUGUUUGAAGUACAUGGUCUGAAUUUGAUUUUGAAACCCAAAUGCCGUUAUGAGAAUGGACCAUCGUUUGAAGAGAUGGUGUCGAGCAUGACAAGCAUGACAUCCAGCUUGCAGAUGGCUGAGGAGAUGCUAAAAAAUGAGAAAAUAGAAAAAAAUUCCAAAUAUGAUGGCGCAAAUAUUUUUGCUGACACCAUUGACUCUGUGCUAUCACGUGUAAAAGUAAGUAUAAAUGACAUCUCCAUCUGCUUGGACCAUUUGGUAAAGGAUUCUAGUAACCAGAAACUACGGCUGGAGAUGAGGAUACAACGAAUGGACUUUUUUGACGAUAUGGCUGUCAAUGAAAGUGUAACCACAGAUGCCUCUGGCAGGAAAAAAUGGGAACCUUCAGCAAUUGCUUGUAAGAAUUUCAAGCUGUCAGGAGUUACAUUCCAUGUUGAGGAAUGUACUGCAUCCUCAGCGGAUAUGUAUGACAUUUCACGAAGUAGCUCCAGUGAUUCUUCAACACAGCUUUUCGAAUCUGCCCACAGUUCACCUCCUCUCACAAAGUCAAAUCCCACAAGUCCAGAUGUGAUGACCCAGCAGCCAACAUCGUUCUCUGCCAUGAAUUCUUUCCGUGUUCCCCCAAUUCAGAUUGCCACUUUGUCUGGUACGAGUGAAGUCAGGAUGAAGAUGAAACAGAAUGAAGCAGUUAGUGGACCAAAGUUGGAGGUUGAUGUGCAAAUUGGUGCCUUGGAUAUUUUAAUGUGUCCUCGCCAGGUUCACAUCCUGCUGGAAAUUUUGUCUUGUUUUACAAAUCCAGCCUCUUCCAUGGUUAGCCCAACACGUCCCUGUCGGACCACAGAUAAACCAAUGAAGCAGAUGGACUAUUUGCGUGUGGAAGAUCAGUUACAAAAACACCUUAUGUCAACCAACACAAAGUAUAAUUUAAGUUUGUCAGAUAUAUCAGAUGAAGUGACCAUUGGCUUACAAGGACCAGAUGACUGUGAAGAAGGUGAAGAAAUGUUUUAUUCUUUGUUUCCAAGCCACAAAGGUACGGGACUUGAAUCUAUGGAAUCUUCUACAUACAGCAAUAUAAGUGAAAAAUCCACAUCCACAGCAGCAUCUGGAAUCAGUUCUUCCACCAGAUCAAGGCAAAAUUACCAAUCUGGUAACAGAUUAUCAAAAGAUCCAGUCCAGAAGUUGCUUGAUGAUCCUUCUGUGGAACUGUCCAAGUUACGACUGAAAAUGAGUUCCUUAACAAUGACAGUCUUGCAUGAAAAUCCUGCCACAAGUUCUGUAGAAGAAAAAGAACCAUUUGAAAGACUGAAGAAGAUCAGCACAGCCUUCUUUGGCAAAAUCCGAAUGAUUAUAGGGGACAUGAUACUCAGUGAUGUGAAAGAUAUUAGGAGUAAAAUUUCUGAAGCCUGUCCUUAUGACCAUCUUGGUUUGAUUUGUCGAUCAAUUGUCUUGGACUCAAGCCAGAAAUCUUCAGCUAACCAUCACAGUAUGGCCUUGGAUUGUUCUGUGGUGCUUAUGGAUGUUGUUGAGUGCUUGGCUUUGUGCUCCUCAAAUUCUGGAAUGGCUGCUACUUCCACUCUUACACCCCAAAAUGGAAUGUGCUCUUCUCUUUGCUCCUUUCAUAAAAAUGGAGCCACUCCAGCUCCUGCUUCUGAAAAAAAAGGAGCACUCUCUUUUUCCCCAUUCCAUGAAGAUACAUUGUAA